AUGGUCCUGACGUGGGAGGAUCUGGUGAAUGUUCGUGUAGGUUUACUUACCGAUAAUAUCGACGAGCAAGAUGAAGAUGAUGGCCCCGAAGACUCGUUGACAGCUAUUCCGUUCUUCUUCUGGGAAAAGUAUCUCCGGCAUUGGUGGCCAAAGGUAAAAAUCUUCAUCAUCGUCACAGAUGACUACGGCAAGUAUCAAGGAAUGGAAUCGAACCACCCCACGAACCCUGCUAUGCAGGGCGAUCAGGUAUGGCCUGAACCGAAAUACCAGGAACUUUGCGACCCAAGGUACCAGUACCUGGAGACGGCGACCAUCUUUGGGGACGUGAAAGAACAAGGCUUGACCAUGGUUGUGUUCUGCACUAAUGACGAGGUUUGCGAAUGGUGGGAUAACGUCUUUAGUGAUCUCGGAUGGGACAAAGACAUCGGACAAUACGUCAUCCGUCCUAUCGGCACCACUGCUCAGGAAAUUUCUGAUGCCAUCCAUGGCACUGUGCACGACAUGGCACAGUGCACGCCUAUCGAAACGACCACUACUACCACGACUACGACCCCCACCACGACUACGACCCCCACCACCACUACAACCCCCACCACCACUACGACCACCACCACGACGAAGACAACCACCACGACGAAGACAACCACUCCGAAAACCGUGACCACGACCGCAACGGUUACUGGCACUACGUCUGCUGCCGCUAAGACCAAUACGGCCGUGGUGGUCGGUAGCGCUUCCGCUGGCGCACUCGCGCUCUUGUUGGGCGGCCUGGGAGCGUACCGACAGAUAGGCGGCGGACCGGCUGACCUAGCGGUGGAAGAGGAGGCUGCGGGUGGCGACUUUGACGAUGACUUCCGAAGAGAAGCAGCUGUAGGUGUAGAUGAGCAUCAAUUUGCAUAG